AUGAAUCUACAGCACAGAAACUUCAUUGGCAUAACAGAGCUUUGGCAUCCUGUGCUAGUUGACUGUCUCGAUUUAAAAAGGAUCAAACAGCUCACCGCUACCACUUACGAAGCAACUUACUCCUGUAACGUGUCGUUGGCUACUACGAGAUCGCCAGUUGUCAUUGCGAAGGUUGCCCGAUUUGAGUGGGAAAUACCUCGUUUAUUGCUGGAGACUCUCAUGUAUAGUAAAUUGGAAAACACAGGUCUUGCCCCAAGAUUCAUUGGCCAUGUCCACGAGCAUGGCCGUGUAAUCGGCUUUAUGCUAGAAAAGCUCCAAGGGCGUGAAGCAAAAAUCCAGGAUCUUUCGUCUUGUCAAGCUGCCCUCCAGCGCCUACAUGACAUUGGCAUCCUCCAUGGGGAUGUCAACAGAUACAACUUCAUUGUUCAAGAUGGGACGGUGCGACUGAUUGAUUUUGAGAAAAGCCAAUUUUGUAAUGGCGAUACUGCAGCUAUGCAAGCCGAGAUGGAUAGUCUAUGUGAUCAGUUAGUGGAGGACACCGGACGCGGUGCAGGUUUCGCUCGGUGA